AUCUUCUCACCGACUGCGAUCGGUUUCCAUUCACUCCGGGCGAUGACGUCAGUUCUGCCCCCUCAGGUGCGUCUCACCUGACGUCAUCAACCGGGCCAGCAGGUAAGACACCUGACAGCAGCAGCAGCAGCAGCGGCGGCGGCGCGACGCUCCGAUACACAACCGGCAACUUCUCUCCCCCCCCCCCGUGUCCGGCCAUGGACAAGCUCAAGUCGGUGCUGAGCGGCGAGGAGGCGCGCAAAGACGACAAGACCGUCCUGCAGACCGUGAACGAGGCCUCCACGCUGGGCUGGGGGACGCGCGUGAAGGGAUUCGUCGCCUGCUUCGUGGUGGGGGGCGCGUGCGCGGUGUUGGGAGUGUGUCUGCUCUUCCUCCCCAGGAUCGGCAUCACCCUCUUCAUCGUUUUCUACACUUUUGGAAACCUGUGUGCUAUUUGCAGCACCAUGUUCCUGAUGGGCCCCAUGAAGCAGCUGAAGAGGAUGUGUGACAAAACGCGAGCCCUGGCCACCGCACUCAUGCUGACCUGCCUGGUGUUGACCCUCUGCGCCGUCUUCUGGUGGAAGAACUUCGGCCUCGCCCUGCUGUUUGUCGUCUUGCAGGUGCUGUCGUUCGCCUGGUACAGCCUGUCCUACAUCCCGUUUGUGAGGGACGCCAUCUUGAAGAUGGUCGCGGCGUGCGCCCGCUGAGGCCUCCGGGUGGAGGCGAAGAGGGAAACUUAUUCUGCUUCAGAGAGUCUGGGACCUCCUGUUUUAUCUCCUUGUUUGUUUCAUUCAUUGAGCUGAUUGAUUGUCCAGUAUGUAUUGAUUGCGUAUACCAGUUUUAAUGAGCGGGGGGGGGGAUCCUGGUUUAGACUUUGUAGAUACUUUUAAUAAAUGAAUGCAUUGUUUUGUCUUUUAAACAAACAAAUCAGCCUUGUUGUUCACUGAGCGAAGUUUGAACACUUGGUUGCAGUUAAUCAGUAA